AUGGUGACGAAAAUGAACCACCUGAAAAGAUACGAAAGAUACAGUAGAUCUUCGGGAAUGACGGACAGGAAGCAUUUCAUUUUGCCAAAUGACCAGCCUGUUGUGGAAUUAGAUUGUAGAUCAGCAUUCAAAGACUUAUUAAAAAAGGAGAAACUUUAUGCACAUUACUUAAGUAAAGCAUCUUGGGAUGGAAGUCUCAUAGUCCUAAUACAGACAUCUCCAGAAUCACCAAUAAUAUUCAUUCUCUUACGGAAACUAUUUGCUCACCAAUCUAUUGAAGAACUAAAACAACUUUCUCUCAGUAAGGCAGGAUUAACAGAAGAAGAAUUUCAGGCAUUGUUAGUUUAUACCAGUGGGAUUUUCACAAAUAUGGGCAACUAUAAAGGAUUUGGUGAUAGUAAAAUUAUUCCGAAUCUUUCUGAAGAAAAAUUUGAAGCUGUUAUUAAGGCUAGUCAAGCAUACCAGGAUCAACCUAAAGAAAUAGAAUAUAUUUGGUCAUUGUGUAAAAAUAAAAUAUUCUCCCUCUCAGAGGAGGAAAAGACUCUCAGCUUUCCCGAUAAGGGAGUUACGACAUACUUUUCCCGGAACUGUACCCUGGAAGAUGCUGAAUUGGUAAAUGAGUUCUUGAAGAAUAAGAAAAUGGAAGCUUACAACAGUCGAGUAUUUAAAACAGUAGAUAAUGGAACCCGUGUAUUUGAGAUUCGUUUGGCAUCUGCUGAGACUGGCUCCCAUUCUCCAGUUACUAUUCCUGAGGAGACUUUUGAGAAGUGCAAAUUCCAAGUCACUAGAGGAGAUUACUCUAAGCUCAUGCAGCUUGUUGCAGAUAAUUUGCAGAAAGCAAAAGACUAUGCUGCUAAUGAAACAGAGAAGAAUAUGAUAGAGCGAUAUAUUAGCAGUUUUACUACUGGAUCUUUGCAAGACCAUAAGGAUGGGUCUCGAUUUUGGAUUAAAGAUGUGGGGCCUGUAAUUGAAACGUACAUUGGUUUCAUUGAAACAUACCGAGAUCCAGCAGGCAUGCGUGGUGAAUUUGAAGGAUUUGUUGCUAUGGUAAACAAGACAAUGUCAGCCAAAUUUGCAGAUCUAGUCAAUCGUGCUGAAGAACUUCUUAAGGCAUUGCCAUGGCCAGCCUCUUUUGAGAAAGAUAAAUUUUUGCGACCAGACUUCACUUCUCUAGAUGUAUUAACCUUCUCUGGCAGCGGAAUUCCAGCUGGGAUCAACAUUCCAAAUUAUGAUGAAAUUCGUCAAUCUGAAGGAUUUAAAAAUGUUUCUCUGGGAAAUGUAAUUCCUGCUAAUUAUAAAGAUGCAGUUCUUCCAUUUUUAACAUCUGAAGAUCAGGAUUUAAUAAAUAAAUAUAGAGUUCCUUCAUUUGAAGUGCAAGUUGGUUUACAUGAAUUGUUGGGACAUGGAAGUGGAAAACUAUUUAGAAAAGAAAAAGAUGGCUACAACUUUGAUAUAGAAACUGUGUUGAAUCCUUUAACAAAAGAAAAAAUUAAUUGCUGGUAUGAUGCUGGAGAAACAUAUGAUUCAAAAUUCACAACAAUAAGUUCUAGCUAUGAAGAAUGUCGAGCUGAAAGCGUAGGACUGUAUUUGAGUUUAGACAAAGAUGUUGUAAAAGUGUUUGGUUUUGAGGGCACUGAAGCAGAUCACGUUAUCUAUGUGAACUGGUUGAAUCUUUUAUAUGGAGGUUGUGCUAAAGCUCUUGAAAUGUACAACCCAACUACAAAGUCUUGGCUUCAAGCCCAUGCUCAGGCUCGCUAUGUCAUCUUGCAAGUGCUCUUAGAGGCAGGUGAAGAUCUUGUUAGUGUUGUGGAAACCGAGCCUGGUCAAGACCUUCUGAUUAAAUUGGACCGUUCAAAGUUGAAUUCUGUUGGAAAGAAAGCCAUUGGUGAAUUCUUACUCAAGUUGCAGGUAUAUAAAUCUACAGGUGACAUAACUGCUGCACAAGCAAUGUACAGUAAGUACUCUGAGGUACCAAGUGAAGGCAAACAUCCGUGGGCUCGUUGGAGGGACAUCAUCUUGGCAAAGAAGCAACCCCGAAAAAUGCUUGUUCAGGCCAAUACCAUUCUAGAAAAUGAAGAGGUCCAAUUAAAAAGUUACGAAGCUAAUCAUUCAGGCCUGAUUCAGUCCUAUGUUGAUCGAUACUUGUCUCCAGAUUAUGAUAAGAUUUUGCUAGAAUUGUAUGAAAAGGAUAAGGAACAUUUUUGAGCCCUUAUUCUUCCCUUUUUUGUUUGACACUAACCGAGAGACAAUUGGAAAAGCUCUGAUUUGAACAGUGUUUGAGCGGAGAGUACAACCACAUCAAAUCAGUGCAUAUGAAUACAUUAUUGCAAGUAAAUAUAAUAAAGCAUGAAGAAUUUUGUAUUGAAUCAUCUCUAAGUCAGUUGUGUAACAAUAAAUUUUAAGAUGUUGUACUUGUGUAACCUACUUGAAAUUUAUUUGUAAAUCCUUCUCCCUGAAUGUUCGUUGCUUACUACAACUACAAGGUGCUGGUGAAAUAUUGAUGGAGAUAUCGAAUUUGGAAUUUUAACUAUCACCAAUAACUGUUUACUCAUCUUUAAGGUUGCUUAUCACAAGGAAAAUACUUUAAAGCCAUUGAUUUUAGAAUGCCCUAUUGAAUUCAAGAAAUGUUCUUAUUAGAUUCAAAAGUCCUAUUCAGUAAAGUACUAAAAGAAAAACCUUCCAUUUCCAAGAACCAAGUACCAAGAAAAACAUUUCACAAAUCAUGUCUGAAGUUCCUUCCUUUUUCUUAGUCUUACAGAAUGAAAAGUUUUAAAAACAAUGUAUUAAAAAAUUGAUAUACUUUAUGAUAAUCUCUCAGGAGCUGAUUUCUAUGAUUCUGCAUGUUAUGUCUAUUGCUUCAGAACAUAGCUAAGUGAAAUUUCUUGACAUUUGGUUAGAAUUGGAUGCUAUAUAGAUUAAUAUGUUAGUGCAUAUU